GUUGUUGACGCAUGUUUACAAGCUCGUCAUAUGCUUGACGCGUUAUAUAUCUCGCUAAAUUACGAGUGCAACGCUAACGGUGGGUUUACCAAGUUUCUUCAGGUUGUUGUCGAUAGGGCUUCCUAUAUUACCCGUCAGCUGCCUGACUGUCCAUGCUGCGAUACUCAUCCUUGUUUGCGUCGCUAUACUACAAAGGUUGUCCAAUUACAAUGGCUGCAGAGGUUGGCCGCAGGAGAAGUCUGCGCAUAUCCACCGCAGGGGCUGCUGUACAAGCUUCCACAAAUCGGCAGCCUGAGCCAAAAGUCACUCCAUCCUCUCGCAGGCGCCAGAGUACUGCAGUACAAAGUUCGAAACGCGCCCCGAAACGAACAAGACAAAGUCAUUCGUCCUCAGCUGCGAAUGCAGCUGAGGAACAGCACGCCGAACCUGAGCCUUCUGAAUUACCGAAGAAAAAGAGGAAGAAAGCGGAGGUUGUGUACACACUCGAUGACUUUCUACCAAGGCCUAUAUCCGACUGGAAAAUAGGUCCCCAUGUCUCUGCUGCCGGUGGCAUUGAAAACACAGUCAUAAAUGCAGCCGCCCUCGGAGCGACAGCAUUUGCGCUUUUCUUGAAGUCUCAGCGCAAGUGGACGGCUCCUCCAUUCAAACCUGAGUCUAUUUCAUUGUUCAAGGACCGCCUGAGGGAGUUUGGCUAUUCUCCAGAUCAUAUUCUUCCUCACGGAAGUUACUUGGUCAAUCUCGGCAAUCCUGACGAAGAGAAGCGUCAAAAGUCAUACGAAUGCUUUCUUGACGAGUUGCAGCGCUGCGAAGAAUUAGGUCUGAAGUUGUAUAAUUUUCAUCCGGGCUCUACCGUUGGAAAGGCUGAAAUCGAGGAGUCGCUAACGUAUAUCGCGGAAUGCAUUAACAAAGCUCAUGAGGCGACUUCUUCGGUGAUAAUCGUGAUAGAGAAUAUGGCAGGUGCGGGGAACGUCGUUGGUGGUGCAUUCUCAGAAAUUGGAGGUAUCAUUAACCAAGUGGAAGACAAAUCCCGAAUAGGAGUUUGCUUGGAUACAUGUCAUACAUUCGCCGCGGGAUACGACAUCAGAACGAAGGAAGGCUGGAAUGCUAUGCUCGACGAAUUUGAUCAUGAAGUUGGCUUGAAAUACCUUCGGGCAAUGCACAUGAACGAUUCAAAAGCCGACCUUGGAAGCAAGAAAGAUCGUCACGAAAAUAUCGGCCUUGGUUACCUCUCGCUCUCUACGUUCGCUCAUAUUGUAGUCGACCCCCGAACGAAGAACAUUCCACUCAUCCUUGAGACGCCUGCCUUCGAUAACCCCGGACCAAAUGUCAGCGACGGCAUGGACGUGUGGAAGAAAGAGGUAGACAUCCUCAACCGACUAUCAAACUGUCAAGACGCUGAAGAUGAUGCUGAUGCUGAGAAGCUGGACGAGUGGACGGAGGAGAUACAGGAGGUGGUGAAUGAGGCCAGUGCGAAGAAAAACGCCAGGGGUGGGAAGGUUGGGUCCAAGGCUGUGGGUAAGAAGAAAACCUCACAAGGUGGCAGCAAGAAAGGCAAGAAGAAUGUCGUGGAGGAAGAAGAGAGUAGUUCAAGUCUGUCAGACGUGGAUUGACCGUUGCUAUGGAGUAUACCGCACGUAUUAUAAUCCACGAGCUGCCGGUAUAGGCAUGCGACGUUCACAGGACUUUCACGCCGAAGGUCCCAGGGUUUAAAUACUGUUACUUGGUACACCUUGGAGGUGAACGCAAUUCCUCAUCGUCCGAUUUCUGUGAAUUUCCUUGCGGAGCUGUUUACGAGAGAAUGGAGUGUACUCACUCAAUCGCCUUGAGGAGGAUUUUUAAAUAAAGAUCGAACGACUGUUAUGCUCCCCUACGAGCCCUGAAUAAAUACGUCAACGGUCU